ACAAACUUCUUUUGUAAUUUUGUAGUGUAUAAUGCCUAAUGCUGAAGGGUCCAUUGGCACCUCCGUGCAUGGAUUAACCGGCAAAGAACAAACAUUUGCAUUUUCAAUGUCUUCGUCUUCUGGUAAUAAUAAUACUGAUAAUGAAAGCGUUGUUACCAAGUUUUCUUUGCCAGUUGAUUCAGAACACAAAGCGAAAACUCUGAAAAUCUUCUCAUUUGCACAACCCCAUAUGAGAUCAUUUCAUCUUGCUUGGAUCUCUUUCUUCACUUGUUUGAUCUCCACUUUUGCUGCGGCUCCUCUCGUUCCGGUAAUCCGGGACAAUCUUGAUUUGACUAGAUCAGAUAUUGGCAAUGCUGGUGUUGCUUCUGUUUCUGGCAGCAUUUUCUCUAGGCUUGUUAUGGGUGUACUCUGUGACUUAAUUGGACCAAGAUAUGGAUGUGCCUUUGUCAACUUGUUAACAGCUCCUGUUGUUUUCUCAGUUGCUUUUGUCUCAACACCACAGGGAUAUAUAGCUGUUCGUUUCAUGAUUGGAGUUUCAUUGGCAACAUUUGUAUCAUGUCAAUAUUGGACAAGUACGAUGUUUAAUGGGCAAAUAAUUGGUCUUGUUAAUGGCGUUGCUGCUGGAUGGGGAGACAUGGGUGGCGGUGUGACUCAACUCCUUAUGCCUUUCCUUUACCACAUAAUUCAACUAACAGGAGCUACUCCUUUCACUGCUUGGCGUAUUGCCUUUUUCAUCCCUGGAUGGCUUCAUAUCAUUGUUGGUGUUAUGGUCUUGGUUCUUGGUCAAGACUUGCCAGAUGGUAAUCUUAGUGACUUACAAAAGAGUGGUGAUGUACACAAAGAUAAAUUUUCAAAGGUGUUUUGGUUUGCAGUGACAAAUUACAGGACGUGGGUGUUUUUUCUCGUUUACGGUUAUUCCAUGGGAGUUCAGCUCUGCAUGAACAAUGUAAUUGCGGAGUAUUUUUUUGACAAGUUCAAUCUAAAGCUUCACACAGCAGGAGUUAUAGCUGGAGUCUAUGGUAUGGUAAACUUUGUAGCUCGACCUUUUGGUGGAUACGCCUCUGAUUUAGCAGCACGAAAAUUCGGAAUGAGAGGAAGACUUUGGAUUCUUUGGAUUGUCCAAACCUUAGGAGGAGUUUUCUGCGUGUGGCUUGGCAGAGCAGAAACACUUCCUAUAGCCAUAUUAGCUAUGAUUUUAUUCUCAAUCGGAGCACAAGCUGCAUGUGGUGCAACUUAUGGUGUAAUCCCUUUCGUAUCGCGUAGAUCGUUAGGCCUAAUUUCUGGCCUAACGGGUGCUGGUGGUAACGUCGGAGGUGGUUUAACACAAUUGAUUUUCUUCUCAAGUACAACAUUUUCUACAUCUAUGGGAUUAACUUGGAUGGGAUUUAUGGCUGUAGCUUGUACAGUUCCAAUUGCUUUAAUUCAUUUUCCACAAUGGGGAAGUAUGUUUUUACCAGCUUCAAAAGAUGAAAAGUAUAAUGAAGAAAAAUAUUAUUGUUCUGAAUGGAGUGAAGAUGAGAAGCAAAAAGGUCUACAUAAUAAAAGUAUUAAAUUUGCAGAGAAUAGCGUAUCUGAACGUGGGAGAAAACACACAAUUUCUUCAGCAGCUACUCCACCAUAUUCUACUCCGGCACAUGUUUGA